GCGACAUCGUCGAGGUCGCGCGGGUAUGUUCCUGGACGAGGCCUCACGCAUGCAGAACUUUCGCCAAGUAGGCACGAAAGCGUCUGGCCAGUUGAAGAAAGGCGCGGGUAUCUCGAGGCAGCAAUCCUCGGAAGCGGCGAGGGCCACAUCAUCGAUCCCAUCCAAGUUUGAGACAAUUUUGAACUUGGGGGAACGUGAAACCAAUGCCUUUGGUAGUCGCACCAACAGGUUUGGGGAGGCAGAGAACGAGCUCCCAGGCCCGGGCGCGUACUACAAGCCGCCAUCGAUGGUGGUCACCCACGCCAAGUCGGGGUCCGUGUCCAAGAAAGGCAUGGGUACGGGAUUCGUGUCCAAGGUGAAGCGUUUCAACGCUACCAGCUACGACCCUGUGCCAGGACCUGGUCAAUACUCUGCCUCCAUAUCGGAGAAACCAAGCUUUAACCGGCGCAUCGGGCUCAGCAGUUUUGCACCCAUGGAGCGGUCGACAAACCAAUAUGGGGACGCUACCAGCGUGCCCGGGCCUGGUGAAUACAACGCAAGUGCAUUUGACGCGCAAGUUGACAAAGGCAGUCGGUCCGCGUUUGCCUCCCGAACGAAUCGCGGUUUUGUGCCGCGGGCGGAUGGACCUGCGCCAGGGCAAUAUGAAAACGUGUUGGCGCUGGAGCGAGAGAUCACUCGAAGCCAAAAACACACACAGGGAAUCUUCAAGUCCACGGUGCGACGGGUGGAGACGCCCAAGCAGGCCGUUCCUGGACCGGGGGCGUACGGAGUGGAAGCGGCGGAGCGGUGCCUACGGAGCGACACCACUGCACAAGCCCAGGCCAGCAGCAUGUUCAAGAGGGGCGCCGCAGAUCGCUUCGGCCACUCGCUCGAGCGAAAAGCGGACGUGUUCAACGUCCCUGGCCCGGGGGCGUAUACCUCCGACCGCGAUGGGGCCGCCACGUCGUCGACAGCAGUGUCGUCAUCGGUGUUUAAAUCUAGCGUGAAACGAGCCCUGGGCGAGCGAACGUCGAAGGCCCCUGGUCCAGCGUUUUAUAAGCCCAGCAGCCCCGGGAAAAAGUCUCACUUGCUCAACGGCACCAAGAAGUGGCUUUAACAUAAUUUACGACCGAUUAGUUAGCUUCACC